CUAAUGUAUUGGACUUUAAAAAAUAAAUAAAUAAGGCGCGUAUUGAGGUUGGGGGAUGGAUCAACGGAAGAAACAAACGCAAACAAUUAUGGAUUUGCGGAAAUCAAAGCAUAUAGAUGUAUAUUCUCUGUUGUUUACUGGGAAUAUUACCAUCAUCUGAUUUUUAAAUAUCAUUUUUGUCAACUCAAGUCAUCACCAUCGAAUGAUUUUACUCCAUUUUUACUUGCAUUUGUAUCUUUAUAAUUUUAAUGUCUCAUAAUUAAUACCGAUGACUGUAUCUACGUUAUUAAUCACCACCACCACAUCAAUCUUCUGCCAAUCUCUCAUGACUACUGUAUACAUGAAUACCAAAUAGAUCUCGAAACACUGCGCAAAUUCUCAGUCAUUUUGAUUGUGGCCAUGCUGGAGCACUGCCUUUUAGUUGAAGAAACCGACCCAGGACUUAUUCUUUUCCAUAGCUGACAUGCAAAGAUGAGUGUAUCAGACUUCAUUGAUCGACAAACUACUGGUGACCUUGACCUUUAUGAUGACAUCCUCGAGGAAGACUUUGCAUGUGAGAAGGAAUCUCUUGCUGAGUUGCAACAAAAAUACCAGGAAGCUCUGCAGAAGAUUGCUACUUUGGAAAAUACUGUGAAAGAACGCACUGCGGCUAUGGAGUUACUGGAAAAGAAAAACGUAUACUUGCAGAAGAAUAUAUCGAUGCUGUACAAAACUGCAUGCACAGAAAUCAAAAGGAAAAACGAUAAUAUUGAGUCUUUAAGAGAACAAUUGGAAUCUUACGAAAAAGAAAACUAUCUGAAGAAAAGACAGUCGGGAUAUUCAAAAUGGAACGGUGAUUAUCAGAGCAACAGCAAGCCUUCACAAACUUAUAGACGUAACUCUUAUGAAAAAGAGAAAUCCCCACAUAUGUACUCAUUUUGACAACUUCCGUACACAAUCUCAUUCCGCCUAUACCUCCAGUGAUUCGAUUAUUAUUUCAAAAAUUUCUGAAGGUAUUUUAUAUCAUCAAAACAGGUUUGAACCCAAUUCUCAUUGCAUAGCUCCUACUGUGCCAAGUGCAAAGUUGAUGCCUUCUGAUUCAGUAUGAUCACCUACAUUCGAAAAUAUUACAACUUCUUCACAGACACUGAAUACCCCACAUUCUACAAAUUCAAAAUUAAAUCGUUUUAAAUGUGAAACAGAGAAAACUGCUGCUGAUAAAAGUUCCUACAAGAAGUCUUUGUACGUCAUCCAUUAUUUGAAAGUAUUGACCUGAGAAAACCUGCUAGCAUAAAUAUAACUUCCCUGCCUGACUGAAUAUCACAAGAAGCUUAUAGAAAACAAUUAAAUGUUCAAACUCAAGAGGCAGUAAACAUAUCACAAUCAACUGUUACAGGGAUUGAAGAGAUUUCAAAGAAAGUGAUAGGAAAUAUUCCUAGCAUUCUGGCUCAAGAGAACAAAGGCAGAAUGAAUGAAGAUAUGAGGAAUGACAUUCUAGUUGAGAUUUGCAAAAGCCUGAAACAACAGAUAAUAGAUUAUUGGAAAGGAAACCAUCAAGACACUCCAGAAAUAAAACUAAUUCUUCAAAUAUAAAAAUGGAAAAUUCCUCAAGAGAACAUAAAAGGGAAGGUAGUAAACAACAUCACUGCCAAAGGAUGCCUUCGUCUACAAAAAAAUUAUCUUUGAGGUCUGAGACUACAAAAUCUCAUACUGCUCCACUCAAAGAAAAGCACAAUUUAUCUAAUGACUCCAGUGAAUUCGGUAAUGCCAAGAGACAAGAUUCUAAGUUGAUUGAUUGCCAGCAAUCUGUAGAACCAAUCAGUGUAGUAACACAACUGUCAGUAAAAUCUGCAGGAUCUGAUGCAGAGAGCUCUAAAUCUUCUACUGGAAAAGUCUCUCCAACGGACAAACAUCGCAGUAAAAUGUGCGAUCCAGUUGUAACUUCACCAGAACUGACAACUAAAUGUGAUAGAAACCUCUCACCUGUUAUUUCACAAAAGACCUCAGUCACAUUGAAUAAUCAGGAACCUAUAGUUACUGAGUGUUUUGGCAAAUCUAAUUUAGAAGAUUCUCGUUCUUCUGUGAUUACUCCUUGCUUUUCUAGCAGUGUGACAAACUCGAUGGCACCUGAAUCAUUGAGUAGUAAAGAUUCUGACUGCGAUGAUUCCAUGACAAGGAAGAAAGCCUCUGUUCGUAAACUUUUCUCACCAAGUAAACCUGAUUAUGAAGUAUCAGUGGAAAAUCCUAUCCAAGAUGACACACUAGCAAAGAAUCACAGCCUUGAGUUUUUGAAUGAAAUGAAAAAAAAACUAUCACAAGAAAUUGCUGCCCAUAACAGAAGGCAACAAGAUGAAGAUUGUGAAGAUACAACACAGUUAGUUGAUAUCUAUCAGACUCAUGAUGAGGAAUAUUGCAGUAAUGACAGUCUGAGAGAAGAUCAGAAUUCUCUCAAAACAUUUUCUCCUCAGCCACAAAGUGAUUUACAUGCAGUCACUGAACAGUCAGAAACUGAGUGUGUAGACUUAGAAAAGGGGGGGAUUGCGAGCGAUGAUGAUGAUGGUGACGACGACGACGAUGAUGAAGAUGAUGACGAUGAAGAUGAUAAUGAUGACGAUGAUUGUAAUGAUGAUCGUGAUGAUGAUCAUGAUGAAGAACAAUUUUCCAAGGACAAAUUCUCACCUUCACACAUUAGCACUAAGCAUGGAAGUGAACAUAUUUCAGGGCAACCUUCCAAAAAAAGGAGUUUAUUAGGGGAUGAAACGUUAACUAAAAUUAGGAAUAAACAUAAUAACAGCUCUUCAAGAACUGAAAACAAAAAACGAAGAAUAAAUCGGUGAGAAUUGAGACCUAAACAAAAGUUAUUUUUAACACUAUCUUAUUUAAGUAAAACUGAAUUUUAUCCUCCUCUUCCUUUUCAUCCUGUUUAUGAUAUUGUAUUUGUAUGUUUACGUUACUUCCAUGUCAUUUAUACACCACGUCUUCAAUCGAAAAUACACCGAAAUACACAAUUCAGUAUUUUUAAGUGUGUAUGAUAAUUGUGUAAGUUAAUUGUCAAUAUUGCUACAGGGCAAGUAAAGAAAAAUAU